AUGUCCCAGGACAGUAAACAUGGCAAGUGGAGCAUCUCUAGCAGUGAAGAUGAAGCUGAUGCCAUUCCUCCAUCUGGAAAAACUUCUACUAAAAAUGAAAUCACGUUUGUGCAGACUCCCUCACCUCCAAAAACAGAGGCUGUUUCGGUCAAAGUAGAAAUGAAACCUGAACCUGGACAUAAAACCUCCACCUCUUCACUGUUUAUUGGCUCUGAGGCCAGAAAGUCUGCUGCUUCAAACCAGCUGAACCCUGUGAAGUUCGACAGUGGUCCAUCUCCAGCUGCAAAGAGGAAGAAACCGGAGUCAGACGGUCCAUCGGGGUGGGCUCUUUCUGAUAGUGACGACGAUGAAGCUCAUCAUGGAAAGAAAGUUGCCGCAAAUAAUAAUAAUAUUCCUAAGAAAGAACCUCCAAAAAAGCAGAAAGUGAUGAAUGAGCGCCCGCCCAGUCCUCACGGUCGUACGUAUGUAGACGACAAGGCCGAUUUCUUUGAGUCUGCUUUCCCCUGUCUCAAUGACACCUACGGCUUUUAUCUCAAUAAAGUCUCUGGGCUGGAGCGCAAGUACAACACCGGCGCACUGCACAUCAAGGACAUCCUUUCACCUUUGUUUGGAACUUUGAAAGAAUCGGUUCAGUUCAACUACUGUUUUGAUGUUGCCUGGAUGGUUCAGCAAUAUCCAAAGGACUUCAGAGACAGACCGGUUCUUCUGGUGCAUGGAGACAAACGAGAGGCCAAAGCGAGACUAGUGCGAGAUUCUCAGCCGUACCCACACGUGAAACUAUGCCAGGCUAAACUGGACAUUGCAUUUGGAACUCACCACACAAAGAUGAUGUUACUGUGGUAUGAAGAAGGUUUCAGAGUCGUCAUUUUGACAUCCAACAUGAUUCGAGCCGACUGGUACCAGAAAACCCAAGGGAUGUGGAUGAGUCCUCUGUAUCCACAGUUACCCAAUGGCAGCAGUAAAACAGGGGACUCGCCCACUUUCUUCAAGAGGGAUUUACUCGAGUACCUUUCGUCGUACAGAGCGGCUGAACUAGAAGAAUGGAUUCAGCGGAUCAAAGAACAUGACCUCUCUGAGACCAGAGUGUAUUUGAUCGGCUCGAGUCCAGGGAGGUAUGUUGGACCAGACAUGGACCGAUGGGGCCACCUCAGGCUCAGAAAGCUUUUGUACGACCAUUCUGAGUCUAUUCCCGAUGAAGGUCGAUGGCCGGUGGUUUGUCAGUUUUCCAGCAUCGGAUCAAUGGGAAUAGACAAAACCAAGUGGUUAGCGGCGGAGUUCCAGCGCACGCUAACGACUCUGGGGAAGUCCAGUGUGCGCUCAGACCCCCCUCUUCAUCUGCUGUAUCCUUCAGUGGAAGAUGUGCGGACAAGUUUGGAAGGGUAUCCAGCCGGAGGUUCACUUCCAUACAGCGUCCAAACUGCUCAGAAACAGCUGUGGCUUCACUCUUUCUUUCAUCGGUGGAAGGCGGACACGACCGGGAGGACUCACGCCAUGCCUCACAUCAAGACUUUCUUGAGAGUUUCUCCAGAUUUUUCUGAGCUUGCGUGGUAUUGCAUAACAAGUGCAAACCUGUCCAAAGCUGCAUGGGGGGCUCUGGAGAAGAACAACACGCAGAUAAUGGUCCGCUCCUAUGAGCUGGGGGUCCUGUUCCUGCCUUCAGCUUAUAAUAUGAAGACAUUCCCGAUACAGAGACAUCCAUUUCCUGUUUCCUCGCCCUCCACUGGGUUCCCUGUUCCCUUUGAUCUGCCUCCAACAAGUUAUUCCUCCAAAGAUCAGCCGUGGAUGUGGAACAUGGCGUACACCCAGGCCCCGGAUACGCACGGCAACAGGCCCCUGGACUGGAAUAAUAAGAUGUUCCAGCAGUGUGAGGAGCCUCGCUUCACCAUCGAGCAGAUCGAUCUGCUCCAGAGGCUGCGGAGGACGGGCAUCAGCCAGGCCGAGGUGCUGCACGCCCUGGACACUCUGGAGCACCUGGACCGGCAGCAUGGCCACACGGCGGGCCACAAAGCCUCGUACAUGCCUCCUCCAGCGGCCUCAUGCGCCAUGUCCACUGCCACCCAGACCGGCUCCAGCAGCGCAGCCUUCGAGAGCUCCUCUCCCCCGAUGCCAGUGCCUGUGUCCUCCCCCAUCAUGGCCACUCACAACGGCCUGGUGGCAGUGACCAAUGGGAAGCUUUCUCCUCCGCGGUUUCCUCUGGGCGUGGUCAACGCUGCCGUGGUACCACCAGUCUACAGCUUUGAAGUGAACGAAGAGGAGAUGGACAUUGAGGACAAAGUGGAGGAUCUCAUGAGAAGGGACAGUGCCAUGAUCAAAGAUGAGAUUAAGUCGUUCUUGGCCAGCAGGCGGAUCUCCCAGGCUGUGGUCGCCCAAGUGACCGGUGAGUGUGGCGUCCGGCUGUUGUGUGUGGCGUCCGGCUGUUGUGUGUGGCGUCCGGCUGUUGUGUGUGGCGUCCGGCUGUUGUGCGUUCGGCUGUUGUGCGUGGCGUCCGGCUGUUGUGUGUGGCGUCCGGCUGUUGUGUGUGGCGUCCGGCUGUUGUGUGUGGCGUCCGGCUGUUGUGUGUGGCGUCCGGCUGUUGUGCGUCCGGCUUGCGUGGCGUCCGGCUGUUGUGUGUGGCGUCGGGCUGUUGUGUGUGGCGUCCGGCUGUUGUGCGUGGCGUCCGGCUGUUGUGCGUGGCGUCCGGCUGUUGUGCGUGGCGUUGGGACUGUUGUGUGUGUGGCGUCGGGACUGUUGUGUGUGGCGUCGGGACUGUUGUGUGUGGCGUCGGGACUGUUGUGUGUGGCGUCGGGACUGUUGUGUGUGGCGUCCGGCUGUUGUGUGUGGCGUCCGGCUGUUGUGUGUGGCGUCCGGCUGUUGUGUGUGGCGUCCGGCUGUUGUGUGUGGCGUCCGGCUGUUGUGUGUGGCGUCGCGCUGUUGUCGGCUGUUGUGCGUUCGGCUGUUGUGCGUGGCGUCCGGCUGUUGUGUGUGGCGUCGGGACUGUUGUGUGUGGCGUCGGGACUGUUGUGUGUGGCGUCGGGACUGUUGUGUGUGGCGUCGGGACUGUUGUGUGUGGCGUCGGGACUGUUGUGUGUGGCGUCGGGACUGUUGUGUGUGGCGUCGGGACUGUUGUGUGUGGCGUCCGGCUGUUGUGUGUGGCGUCCGGCUGUUGUGUGUGUGGCGUCCGGCUGUUGUGUGUGGCGUCCGGCUGUUGUGUGUGGCGUCCGGCUGUUGUGUGUGGCGUCGGCCGUUGUGUGUGUGGCGUCCGGCUGUUGUGUGUGGCGUCCGGCUGUUGUGUGUGGCGUCCGGCCGUUGUGUGUGUGGCGUCCGGCUGUUGUGUGUGUGGCGUCCGGCUGUUGUGUGUGGCGUCCGGCUGUUGUGUGUGGCGUCCGGUGUUGUGUGUGUGGCGUCCGGCUGUUGUGUGUGUUGCGUCCGGCUGUUGUGUGUGUUGCGUCCGGCUGUUGUGUGUGUUGCGUCCGGCUGUUGUGUGUGUUGCGUCCGGCUGUUGUGUGUGUUGCGUCCGGCUGUUGUGUGUGUUGCGUCCGGCUGUUGUGUGUGUUGCGUCCGGCUGUUGUGUGUGGCGUCCGGCUGUUGUGUGUGGCGUCCGGCUGUUGUGUGUGGCGUCCGGCCGUUGUGUGUGUGGCGUCCGGCUGUUGUGUGUGUGGCGUCCGGCUGUUGUGUGUGGCGUCCGGCUGUUGUGUGUGGCGUCCGGCUGUGUGUGUGUUGCGUCCGGCUGUUGUGUGUGUUGCGUCCGGCUGUUGUGUGUGUUGCGUCCGGCUGUUGUGUGUGUUGCGUCCGGCUGUUGUGUGUGUUGCGUCCGGCUGUUGUGUGUGUUGCGUCCGGCUGUUGUGUGUGUUGCGUCCGGCUGUUGUGUGUGUUGCGUCCGGCUGUUGUGUGUGUUGCGUCCGGCUGUUGUGUGUGUUGCGUCCGGCUGUUGUGUGUGGCGUCCGGCUGUUGUGUGUGGCGUCCGGCUGUUGUGUGUGCGUGGCGUUGUUGUGGCUCGGUGUUGUGUGUGGCGUCGCGCUGUUGUGCGUUCGGCUGUUGUGUGUGGCGUCCGGCUGUUGUGUGUGGCGUCCGGCUGUUGUGUGUGUUGCGUCCGGCUGUUGUGUGUGUUGCGUCCGGCUGUUGUGUGUGUUGCGUCCGGCUGUUGUGUGUGUUGCGUCCGGCUGUUGUGUGUGUUGCGUCCGGCUGUUGUGUUGCGUGCUGUGUGUUGCGUCCGGCUGUGUGUGUGUGCGUCGGCUGUUGUGUGUGGCGUCCGGCUGUUGUGUGUGGCGUCCGGCUGUGUGUGUGGCGUCCGGCUGUGUGUGUGUGGCGUCCGGCUGUUGUGUGUGGCGUCCGGCUGUUGUGUGUGGCGUCCGGCUGUUGUGUGUGGCGUCCGGCUGUUGUGCGUUCGGCUGUUGUGUGUGGCGUCCGGCUGUUGCUGUGGCAGGCUCAUUAGCACUCACCCAGUCUUCCCUGACCCUUUCCUCAGGCAUCAGUCAGAGCCGGAUCUCCCACUGGCUUCUGCAGCAGGGAUCUGAUCUCAGCGAGCAGAAGAAGAGAGCCUUCUUCCGCUGGUACCAGCUGGAAAAGACCAACCCUGGUGCUACUUUGGCCAUGCGCGCUGCUCCGUUAGCUCUGGAUGAUGUGAUGGACUGGCACCAGACUCCGCCGCCCUUUGUGCCCUCUCCUGGAGGGUUCCGACUGCGCAGAGGGAGCCGCUUCACCUGGAGGAAGGAGUGUCUGGCUGUGAUGGAGAGUUACUUCUGUGAUAACCAAUAUCCUGACGAGGCCAAGAGAGAAGAGAUUGCCACCGCGUGUAAUGCAGUCAUUCAGAGACCGGGAAAAAAGCUGUCAGACUUGGAGAGGGUCACGUCUUUGAAAGUGUACAACUGGUUUGCCAAUCGCCGCAAAGAUUUGAAGAGGCGCGCUAACAUCGAAGCAUCCAUCUUGGAGAGUCACGGCAUCGAUGUCCAGAGUCCAGGAGGUCAGUCCAACAGCGACGAGGUGGAUGGGAAUGACUUUCCAGACCAGGUUUGCGAAGUCCCUCUGUUUGAUAAACGAGCCUCAGUGCGUCCGUUCAUGUACGGCCGAGCAGAUCUGUCCUCUCCGACACAGGUCCCCACUCUGGUCCCGAGCUGGUUCUCAGCGCUGGGCAGGGGCGCUCUGGCGGGGCAUCGGAACUCUCUGAUUGGCCGCUCUCUGCUCUCAGGACUGGCCUCUCACUCUGAAGGGGGCAGGCUGUCUGGGGUGUCCUGGUCACCACCCUCCCCUUCUCUCCAGGAUGAAGCCACCAUUCACACUGUGUUAGCAGGUCAGGAGGCGGUCAACAUGGAGAAGGCCGCCGACGAGGAAGCUCAGGCCGCAGAGCUUCCCGACCAGAACGUCCAGGAGGAGGACAUCAAGCCCGACGGUUUGGAGGACGACUGA